AUGGCAGCGGCCGGGCAGGAGGACUACGCGUACCUUUACGAGGACUCCUCUCACCCCGCCGACUUCCUGGAGGCGUUCCGAGCGUUUUACCUGGACGGGCUGUUCACCGACAUCACCCUGCAGUGCGCCUCGGGGGUCAUCUUCCACUGCCACAGAGCCGCCUUAGCAGCUUGCAGCAAUUAUUUUAAAGCCAUGUUCACAGCCGAUAUGAAAGAGAAAUCUAAAAACCAGAUCAGACUUCCCGGGCUCAGCCAUGCGGUACUGGAAGCUCUCGUGAAUUAUGCAUAUACAUCGCAGAUCCAGAUAACAAAGAGAAAUGUCCAAAGUCUACUCCAGGCAGCAGACCUCCUCCAGUUCCUGUCAGUAAAGAAAGCCUGUGAGCAGUUUCUGGUGAGGCACUUAGAUACUGACAACUGCAUAGGGAUGCACUUCUUUGCCGAAUAUCAUGAUUGCUCGGAGCUAGAGAAAGAGUCCAGGAGGAUAUUGUUAUGGCAGUUUGAAGAAGUGCAGAAUCAGGAAGAGUUUCUGGAUAUUGGCAAGGAGAAGCUCUCUUAUAUUCUCUCCAGAGAUAAUCUCAAUAUUUGGAAAGAAGAGGCAGCCAUUGAAGCUGUCGUUAAGUGGGUUGCUCACAAUGUGGAAGAAAGACUUGAAGAUAUCUAUGAACUGCUGAGCUGCGUCAGAGUAGACUUAGAUAAUGUGUAUUUGAGGUCAGUUUUAAGCCUACAAAAAAAACACCGACUUAAUGAUACUAAGAUAAGGUCACUCAUAUACAAUGCCCUGAACCUCAAUCCCAAAAGUCUUUCCAGAAGACCCACAGCAGCCAUGUAUGUGAUCGGAGGAUAUUACUGGCAUCCCUUAUCAGAAGUGAAUGUCUGGGACCCAUUAACCAACACGUGGGUCCAGGGAACAGAGAUGCCGGAUCAUACCAGAGAAUGUUACGGGGUCACUAGCUUGGGACCGGAUAUAUAUGUGACAGGAGGUUACAGAACGGAGAGCAUCGAAGCCCUUGACACCGUGUGGAUAUAUAAUAGUGAAAGAGAUGAGUGGACAGAAGGCUGCCCCAUGCUUGAUGCAAGGUAUUACCACUGCACUGUUUCCUUGAGUGGCUGCAUCUAUGCGUUGGGUGGUUACCGAAAGGGAGCUCCAGUGCAAGAAGCUGAGUUCUAUGAUCCUUUAAAAAAGAAAUGGCUUCCCAUUGCAAACAUGAUCAAAGGUGUUGGAAAUGCCACCGCCUGUGUCCUGCAUGACAUCAUCUACGUAACCGGAGGUCACUAUGGAUACAGGGGAAGCUGCACCUAUGAUAAAGUCCAGAAAUACCAUUCAGGUAGCAAUGAGUGGAGUGUAGUCACCACAAGUCCGCACCCAGAAUACGGAUUCUGCUCGGUUACAUUACAAAACAAGAUCUAUUUUGUGGGUGGACAGACCACGAUCAUGGACUGCUAUGACCCAGAGCAAAACGAGUGGAAGCAGAUGGCUCAUAUGAUGGAGAGAAGGAUGGAGUGUGGCACAGUGGUUAUGAACGGAUGCAUUUAUGUGACAGGAGGAUACUCCUAUUCAAAAGGAACAUAUCUGCAGAGCAUUGAGAAAUACAACCCUGAACAGAAUACAUGGGAAGCAGUAGGGAAUCUUCCCAGUGCUAUGCGGUCACAUGGCUGUGUCUGUGUGUAUAAUGUGUAA